UCUUUCUCUUCCCCCUUUUUUUUUGUUUUUGUUUUUUCGUUUUCGUUUUCUUUCUUUUCUUUUUCUUUUUCUUUUUUUUUUGCAGUCGGAGGGUUGUGCGGGACUUGCGAGUAGAUUCACCGCAACCCAACUCGUGGGUCGAUGGCUUGGAGCUUUGAGUUGAGAGGUGUAUGGCCGUUUUCAGGGAAUUGGUAACAGUGUUGUGACGUCCCCUAGAUCUUCAGGUUCUGCCGAGUUGGCCUUUGACGGUGUCAGAGCUAUUGGUGAUGAACCUCCGAGGUUUGUGACAUAGGCGGCAGUUUGUUAGCAGUUUCGGUCGUAUUGAUUCCACUAGCGGGAAAUGAGCACAUUGCGUCCGAAGAAAAGACGGAAAGGGCGGAAUGAGUUGGGAGUUAUGGCUGGACCCAAGGGGGAGGAAAUUGGAGAGGACACGGCCAUAACCAAUUCUCUGGGCGAUGACACGCUGCUAAAUAUUCUGCAACGAAUUCAGUCUCGGGUGCUUCUCAGCGUGGUGUCGCUCGUUUGCCGACGUUGGAGACGUCUUUGUCAGGAAAAUUUGGUGCAUGACUUGACGCCUCCACUCUUCAGCGUCCGUGACAAGCCCUGGGGUUCCGUGACAGAUUUGCAGCUUAUGGAGUUGGCGAAGAAGCAUGCGUCCACUAUUGAGUCGAUUGAAUUACGGGGUUUGAAGCAGCUAACUGGUGAUGACAUUCAAGGCAUGUUUUCCAAAUUGACACGGUUGCAACAUUUGACAAUCGCAUCAGAUCCUCCUCUAAUCAGUAGCAAUUUACAGAACCUUGUGCAUCACCUGCCCGGUAACUUGGUAACUUUGGACUUACAUACGACUGGCUGCAGCACUGCUGUACACUCCACUCCCAGUAGCCGGACCUUACCACCGUCCAUCACAGAUGAUUUUGUGGGUACUGUGUGUCAACGCUGUCCCAAACUUGAGCGAUUGAUUCUAGAUGCAGAUUCCCUUAUCAGUGAAACCUGUUUUGAUAAACUGCUGCACACUUGGUCAUCUCUUACCUUGUUGCAUAUCAGUAGUCCUGCGCUGGGUUGGAGUUCAGUUCUCCAUUUGUUCCAGUCAUGUCAAUGUUUGCAAGACCUAUCUUUGUGCUCCUCCAAUCUCGCAGUCCCUCCAAAAAUUGCAGCAGACAAAGCGGGUUACAGUAUUGGGGUAGAGGUGGCUGAGAUGUAUUCAAAACAAACCCUAUCAGCUUUGAUGCCCCCGUCCUUGGUUUCUAUUCGGCUCUACUUAAGUCUGCAUGCCUCAGUGCACUGGGAUCUAUUGCCCGCCCAAGAUCUGAUGAAGUAUAAGGGACACCAAAUCCGGCAUCUGCACGCUCAAACUUCUUUCCAAGGCAGCUGGUAUUAUAUUUCUGAGUGGUGCAUCAAUCUCAAAUCGCUGGACUUGUCACAUGGGCACCAGCACAAUUACAAGCUCUCUGAGAGGGAAGAAAUAGUUCUCUGCCGAUUAGUGAAGCAUUUGGAGCAGCUUGAACAGCUUGCGCUGCCUGCAGCAAACGAUCGCAUUCUUACAGAAAUCGGCCGUCACUGCUCUAAGCUUGUGAGGUUGUUUUUCCAGGGCUGGAGGAUGCGAAGAGCAGGACCAUUGUCGAAGCAGUUGGGCGUGACUGACUGGGGUGUUAUAGCUUUAGCAGAAGGUUGUCCGGAACUCCGUGUAUUAAGUCUUGGAGGUUGCUGCAAAAUCACAAUUUCCUCCAUCAGGGCACUCGUAUUCCAUUGUACAAAGAUUGAGGUGCUGGAGCUUAAUGGAUGCACAGCCUUGACAGAUAAUGCAAUUGUAUUAUUAUUUCAGCGACUUGGUUCGUCACUGUUAUUUUUAGACCUACUUGCCUGCUCGAAAUUGACUUCUGGUGUAAUGCAGUCGGUCCUUCAACAUGUCCAGGCUCAUGGGACAAGCUUGCGCGUGCUGACUAUUCCGAAUUCAGUUAAGGGCCAGAGUGCCAGUAAAUCAGCGAUAUCGCAGUUGAAUAAGGUGGCUCCCACAUUGAGUAUCAGAGGAAACAACAAUGGAUUACACUGGGACGGCUUCUAUCACUGCCCACCUUGGAGUUAUCGUAGCUAGAUAUUAUUUGAUGCAACCAACUCCCAUCUGAAUUGUAGACCGUGCUAGGGACAGCAGUGAGCAAUCCUGAUUACAUUCUUUCAAACCUCUAUAAAUUCGUGUUCUUAUCAUAUUCACAGUAGAACUGAUAUCUUGGAUAUAGUAGAACACAAAUGUUCACGCAGUUGUAGAACACAAAGCAAAUGUUUACAAAUUUUUGCAUUUAUAACACAAUACUCUUUGACAUGCA